GAACAACACGCUGGUCCUACCCUGUUCACUAUACGCCAUUCGCUCCUCCUUCUCAAAAGGUGCACAGAGAGGGCUCUCGAAAACCCUAAUUGCCAUAUCUGACUCAAACUUAAGCAAAUCUGCACCGGAAGUUGGUAACUUUAUUCAUUUCGGAAACCACAGAUUGCUCUAGCUUUCCCUUUUCUUUUUCUAUUUUUGUUCGUUUGUUGAAUUCGAAGUAGCCAUGCCGCCAAAGGCAUCGAAGGCCGACUUGGCAAAGAAGCAGAAGGUCGUGGAGGACAAGACCUUUGGUCUGAAGAACAAGAACAAGAGUAAGAAUGUCCAGAAGUACGUACAGAAUCUCAAGCAGUCAGUCCAGCCCAAAGUAGACCCAACCAAAGCCAAGAAAAAGAAGGAGGAAGAGAAAGCCAAAGAGAAGGAGCUUAAUGAUUUGUUCAAGGUUGCUGUUAGUCAGCCAAAAGUGCCAGCUGGUGUUGAUCCCAAGUCUAUAUUGUGCGAGUUUUUCAAGGUUGGGCAAUGUACUAAGGGAUUUAAGUGCAAGUUUUCCCAUGAUUUGAAUGUUCAGAGGAAGGGUGAAAAGAUUGAUAUUUACAGUGAUAAGCGCGAUGAUGAAACAAUGGAGGAUUGGGAUCAAGAGACGUUGGAGAAGGUUGUGGAGUCAAAGAAGAAUGAGUAUAACCAGAAUAAGCCCACCGAGAUUGUUUGCAAACACUUCUUGGAAGCAGUGGAAAAGAAGCAGUAUGGUUGGUUUUGGGCUUGUCCAAAUGGUGGAAAAGAGUGCCAUUACAGACAUGCUCUUCCUCCUGGUUAUAUUUUGAAGUCUCAGAUGAAGUCACUUCUUGAUGAAGAGUCUGAAAAAAUUGCCAUUGAGGAUGAGAUCGAAAAUCAGCGUGCAAAAGUUACAACCUGUACUCCAAUGACCACUGAUUUGUUCAUGCAAUGGAGGAAGAAAAAGACAGAAGAGAAAGAGGCUGGCCUGGCUGUACAACGAGCAGAUAGGGCUAAGAAUGACCGCAUGAGUGGUCGUGAGUUGUUUCUUGCGGAUGCUAGCGUGUUUGUGGAUGAUGCUGAAGCUUAUGAAAAAUACCAGAGACAAGAACCUGAGGCUGCUGAAGAGAAGAUCAAAGACAACUCAGCAGCAGCAGGACCAAGCGCCUCUACUAGUGUGGCAGGUUCCGAAGAAGUCCCCAUCGAUGAUGAUGGUGACGAUGACGAUGACGACGAUGAGUUGGACAUGGAUGAGUUAAAUGAACUUGAAGCAAGUUUGUCAAGAACAUCCAUUCAGAUAAGGGAACCAGGUAUAGAGGCAUCUUGAAGAGGGGGAGAAGUGAGUUUAUUGCUAGCGAGGGACUGAAAGAGACUAUAACCAGAAAUGUGAGGAAAUAAUGUAUUAUUUGUCCUGGGAUGUUUUUUAUUUGUAUUUUUUUAUGCUAAAUUCUUGGUUCUCGGGAUGUGGCUUAAUGUUUUAUGCAAGGAAAAAAAAUCCAAAUUUUGAUUCA